AUGAAACUCUCUGUCAUUGCAGUUCUGCUCGCGGCAAAAGUCGUCUCUGUUGCUGCCCAUUUCGAACUCAUCUACCCAUACUGGCGCGCCGACUCCUUCAUCCCUCCCGCGUCUCAGUAUUUGUUUCCAUGCGCAAACAUCAACACCACCGACGAAUCCAACAACAACCGAACCCUAUGGCCAUUAGAUGGUGGCUCCCUCGCCAUCGACUUCCAUCAUCCAUGGACCUAUGUCUCAUUCAAUCUCGGCCUGGGCUCGAACAUCAGCACCUUCAACAUCUCACUAAACCCGAUGUUGCUUAACGAGACCGGAAACGGUACUAUUUGCAUCCCCAAAUGGACUUUGCCUGCAGAUCUCGGCAUUAUUGAUGGCCAGGAUGCCAGCUUGCAAGUCAUAACAAUCGGCGAUGAUGGGACUGCUUUAUAUAACUGUGCCGAUAUCAGAUUCAGCGCCAACGCGACCAUAUUGUCCGGUGGCCAAUGCCAAAAUACGACCGGAACUGAUAUCUACCCUCUUGUCCAGCAGCAGGCGAAUGGGUCGGUGGCAGGGACCACCACCGUCACCGUCACUGCCAGUGGCGCAGGCGCGACCUCCACCAGUGGUGCUUUGAGUGGAAGGGCAGACGUUCGGUAUAUUAUUGGCCUGGCUUCUAGUAUGACCGUGCUAGUAGCCGUGACCUCUGGUCUUGGACUUUGA